AUGGCAGACAAGCCACACAAUACAACCGGCGUUGUGGCCGAUGUACCGGGAUUACCUUACUAUGAAAAGUCGCGGCAGCACCUUAAAGAAUUACUUCAGAGAAGGCGGCAGCUGGAGAGACAGCUUCACACACGCGAGGAGUCCAUCCUUCAGAAGGAGACAGAUUAUCUUGACAACACACCGAGCGGAAACAUUAUCGCAGGGUUUGAUAACUAUACAAAGGGUACAACGGGCACCGCUGCAGCGCGGCGCAAAACGGGGAUAACCGAGUCAAAUCGCGUCUUCUCACGUAGCAGCAUAUCCUACAACACUGCUGCUGGCAAUUCCGGCUCAUCAUCAUCGCACCCGCCCACCCCUCUGCAGACGUCGUUCAAAGAUGGAGGCAUCAGCAGCGGGCCUGGAUCCGGGCAGGCGACGCCAACAUCAGCAUCGGCUGCCAAGGCGCCACAUGGUAUUAAGAAAAAAAAGGGACUAACUGCAACGGCAGCGGCAGCUGCGGACGACAGUGAGACGGACACACCGAUGGUUCUCAAAGCGACAAAGUUCACGCCCGAAGUGCUUCUAUCGGCCCCACGCCGCUCCGCCGGUGCUCCAAAUUCUACGGGGAAGAAGGUCCUUUACACGGUAUCGACAUAUUCCUUCCGGGAGCACCGCAAGGCGUCCCAGAUCCGCGUGCUCGAUGUUAAAUCGGGCGAGUCCACCGUGCUGUAUGAGGACCCCGCCUACACUGAGCCCGUGUGGAUAGGAUCGGACGAGUUUCUCUUCCUCAAGGCCGGCGAUAAGGGGACUACCCAUUUACUGUUGGGAGAUGCAUCUCGACCCGGUAGCCCGCCCACAGGCAUUCGGACUUUUGACGGUGGCUUAUCUAACCUCAAAGUGUUGCCCCUUUCCGACGGCGCCAUCGCUAUUGCCCUCACCGGACUGUCGGACAAAACUGGCCUGCUUUUCAACCCGGACUCUGACGCCGAAAAAGGCAAGCCCACGCACACGACUGCACGCGUGUACUCCAAGCUUUUCGUUCGUCAUUGGGAUGCCUACGUCACGGAGAACAGACAGACUGUUUGGUAUGGCCGCCUUGAGCGAACGGGCGAAAAUUCUGCGAAAACGUCAGGGCGAUAUAGUCUCGUGUCGAAUGGUCAGGCCAACGGACUUACCAAUGCUCUAGCUGGCACCAAGCUGCAGUCACCGGUGCCACCGUUUGGUGGCUCCAGUGACUUUGCUCUCGGCCCACACGGCAUUGCUUUUGUGUCUCGCGACCCGGCCUACAACGAGGCUAUCUACACAGUCUCUAACCUCUAUUUUAUCCCCAUAAAAACAUAUGCCGAGCCAAAACCCCUUGCGCCUCCGUAUGCUGUCAAAACAGGCGCUCUUGCCGGCUACAGUGCCGGUCCCGUUUUCUCGCCCAGUGGGAACAGUCUGGUAUUCUCGCGUAUGCGCAGUCACCAAUAUGAGAGCGAUAAGCCUCGCCUUUUGUUGGUGCCAGAGAUCGAAAAACUCGGUGCAGACAUUAUUGGCAAGAGCGACGAGUUUGAGUUUUACGAGACCGAAGAUGGCGUUGGUGCUUGGGAUGCUCGACCCGAUGCCGUUGCUUGGAGCGCCGACGGCGCGGAGUUAUUUGUCACGGCCGAGCACCAUGGACGCAACGCGCUGUAUCGCCUGCCUUCAGACCCCAGGCAUACCACAUCCUUUGGUGCACCUCAGCUCCUUGUUGGUGGCCACGAGGUAUUCGAGGAUGAGAAAAUUGACGCUUCCCACGAUGACAGUGGUAGUGGCGUCACUGGCGAUGAGUCUGUAGGAUUCAGACGCCUGGGUGGUCAUGGCAGUGUUUCUGAUGUGCGGCUGCUUGCUAGUGGGAUUGACGGUGAUACUCGACUCUUCCUAAGCUUAAACUCUCUGGUUGACAACUCCUUUUUUUGCAUUCUCGACCCAGAGCCUACGGCUGUCUCAACAUCAAAGUUCCCACGAACAAUUUUGCAGGCCGUGUCAUCGCAGUCCCGCCAUGGCUCAGCUUUCGGUCUAUCGCCGAAACAAGUGGGCGAGAUAUGGUAUAAGGGUGCGGGCAACUAUCAGGUUCAGGCAUUGGUGGUGCGGCCGUCAGAUUUUGGUGCCGAAAAGAAUAAGAAUCGCAAGUGGCCGCUGGCAUUAUUGAUCCAUGGUGGACCCCAGGGAGCCUGGAACAACAGCUGGAGCACGCGCUGGAAUCCUGCUGUGUUUGCAGAACAAGGCUACGUCGUCGUCGCGCCUAAUCCGACGGGCAGUACGGGCUACGGGAUGGCGCUCCAGGAUGGCAUCCGUAACCAAUGGGGUGGGCUGCCGUACAAAGAUAUUGUGCGAGCCGUAGACUACGUGGAAGCUGUCUUCCCGUACGUGGACAUUUCACGAGCCGUUGCUCUCGGCGCAUCAUAUGGUGGCUAUAUGAUGAACUGGAUCCAAGGUCAGCCGCUGGGCCGUCGCUUUAAGGCUCUUGUCAAUCAUGAUGGUGUCUUCAGCACGCUCAACCAGUACUCAUCAGAGGAGCUUUUUUUUCCGCUCCAUGAUUUUGGUGGAUCACUCUGGGACAAUCGUGCCGGUUAUGAACGGUGGGACCCUGCCAAAUUCACCGACAACUGGGCCACGCCUACGCUUUGGGUUCUAAAACCAGAGAAUUCACUCGUGUGGCACAAAGAAGUGCUAACCUGGAUCAACAAGUACGUCGGUGUCGGCGACGAAUUUGAAAAAAAAGCGAACGCUGCCAACCUGGUUGGCAACAUGGCAAAUCUCGAUCUCCCGCAAGUGGAGCGGGAAUGA